GUUUGACAACUUUUAAACAAAAAAUAUUUCCACAAGAAGAAAAAAAACACAGAAAGAACAAUGGUAGAAACCGAAGUUUUCGAUAGUGUUGUGAAUGUUCCACGACCUAUUGUUAGGAAAUUUCAAGCUAGGCCUCAACGUGAAGGUGUUGGUGCUGUUGUAAGAAGAAGCAUUGGCCGGUUUGAGCUCAAGUACUUUGAUCCUUUCCUUGUUUUGGAUGAAUUCUCAGUUUCUGCUCCUGCUGGUUUUCCUGAUCAUCCACAUAGAGGAUUUGAGACAGUCACCUACAUGCUACAGGGAGCAAUUACACAUGAAGAUUUUGCUGGACAUAAAGGGGCAAUAGGUGUUGGUGGCUUGCAAUGGAUGACUGCUGGAAGAGGGAUUGUUCACUCGGAAAUGCCCGCAUCACAAGGUAUCCAAAAGGGCUUGCAACUUUGGAUUAACUUAUCCUCUAAACACAAAAUGAUUGAGCCAAGAUAUCAAGAGAUAGAAAGUAAGGAUAUAAUAGAAGCAGAGAAAAACGGAGUAAAAGUUCGAGUAAUAGCAGGGGAGGCUCUUGGUAAAAAGUCGAGAGUUUAUACAAGAACACCAACUUUGUACUUAGAUUUUAGUUUGAAAACAGGGGCUACUCUUCAACAACCAAUCCCAAAAUCAUGGAAUGCAUUUGUUUAUGUGUUGGAAGGUGAGGGCAUUUUUGGAAAUUCAAGAUCAUCAUCACCUGUAACAGCGCACCACCUUCUUCUCCUAGGGCAUGGUGGUGAUGGGUUAAUGGCUUGGAACAAAUCAUCCAAGUUAUUAAGGUUCGUUUUAGUGGGUGGUGAACCGUUGGGUGAACCGGUGGUCCAGUUUGGACCUUUUGUUAUGAACACACAAGAAGAGAUCGAUCAAACAAUUCAAGAUUUUGAUAAUUGUGUUAAUGGUUUUGAGAGAAUGAAGCAUUGGCAGUCUCAAGCAAUGAUCGAUUAAUAACAACUUUUUUUUUUCAGAAUCAAAGACAACCACCCAUUUUGAUUUUGAUUUGGCACAUUAGAUUAGAAAUUGAUUUGAAUUAAGUAGAAGCAUUAUUACAUCAAAUCCUCUUAGAACAACUCCAAUGUUUGGCUAAAUCAUUUUAUAGCUUGGAAUGCGACAUAAGGUUCUUAUGCUAUACAAUUCCAAGUUAUUUGUA